AUGGUUGAUGAUGGUGAAAUGAUUGAUGAUGAUUCAAUGCACGAUUAUGAUGAUGAUGAGAUGAUAUAUGGGUAUUUGGUUGAUCAACGGCUACAUGCUUUUGGGACUUUGAAGUGGUUAAGUGUGUCUCAACGAUUACAGUUUCCGUACUUCUUCAGUUUUCACUUCCAUCUUCCUUCUUUCAUCUUCAUGGAAUCUCAAAACGCUUUCUCUCAGUCUGAAGGCUUCGUUAACCUUCUAACUAGCCAGAUACCUCUUGACAAUUACUCGCCUUGUACUGAACUGGGAUCAUCAGACUUUCCUGUGUUUAGUACACAGGGUUCUGAUGAACCUACGGCUAGUAAAGUCAGAAAGCAAUGGACUCCGAAAGAAGACCUGGUUCUCAUAAGUGCAUGGCUCAAUACAAGCAAGGAUCCUAUUGUGGGGAACGAACAGCGGGCUGGUGCAUUCUGGCAGAGGAUUGAAGUCUACUAUAAUGGAAGCGAAGACCUGAUUGGACUACCAAGAAGAGGACACUCACAGUGUAAGCAGCGAUGGGGUCGUCUCAACGACCAGGUGUGCAAGUUUGUUGGUGCAUACGAGGCUGCACAGAAGCAAAGGACAAGCGGCCAAAACGAAAACGACGUCAUGAAGGCAGCCCAUGAGAUAUUCUUCAAUGACUAUCUCAUCAAGUUCACCCUCGAGCAUGCAUGGAGGGAGCUCAGGCAUGACCAAAAAUGGUGCACCACUUUCAAUCCUGCUACCAAGGAUGGUGAGAAGGCCAAACGAAGGAAAGUUGAAGACACGGCUAACUCAUCCACCUCAGUCGCCGAUGAUGUCUUCGUUGAGGCUCGGCCACCUGGUGUCAAGGCGUCCAAGGCGAAAGCAAAAAAGACAGCCGGAGGGAAGGAGGGGACUCACGGGAAAGCACUUGGCCACUUGAUGGAUGCGUCCAAGAACUGGCAAAGAAGAAAUGCUGCCGGGAGAUUUGGUCUAUCUGGCCUUCAGAAGUGUACUGCAGCUAUUCGUAUGAUGGCUUAUGGUACGACAGCUGAUGCGGUUGACGAAUAUCUCCGGCUAGGUGCUAGUACGGCUUUAUUAUGCUUGGAAAAUUUCACGGAGGGAAUAAUAAACUUGUUCGGGGAUGAGUACCUCAGAAGACCCACACCACAAGAUCUCCAACAACUUCUCGAUAUUGGAGAGUCACAGGGUUUUCCCGGAAUGAUAGGAAGCAUCGACUGUAUGCACUGGGAGUGGAAGAAUUGUCCAACCGCAUGGAAAGGACAAUACACACGUGGUUCCGGCAAACCGACAAUCGUCUUAGAGGCAGUAGCUUCAUAUGACUUGUGGAUAUGGCAUGCUUUUUUUGGACCUCCAGGUACGUUAAAUGAUAUUAACGUUCUUGAUCGUUCUCCAGUCUUCGAUGAUAUUUUGCAUGGUCGAGCACCAAAAGUGCAAUAUUAG